GGGAAGGUGAAGUGUAGUUUCGGAAUAUAUUUUUUUUUCCUAAGAGACGUUGGGUCUGAAUAAAAUCUGAAGAAGAGGAAACGCGGCUGUUCGCUGGCUGGCAGGAAACGGGCAGUGAAACACUAACUACACUAACUAUCUCUUUCAGCUGAGCACCAGGCCAGUUGUUGGUGGGAAUGAUGGAUAAGCGAAUGCUGUGUCGCAUACAUGAAGAAUUGGAUUCCUCUGAGGUGGAAGCUCUCUGCUUUUUGUGUCUGGAUGUUGUCAGCAGGAAACGCCUAAAUGGGAUCAAGGAUGCAAAAGACCUGUUUUUGAGACUAGAAGAAAAAGGUCUAAUGGACAACAGUGCCUUCCUUUUUCAGCUGCUCGGCACUAUCCAGCGAAGAGAUCUCCUCAGAAUCCUGGAGACGGACAGUAGGCAGCCAGAGGAAACAGAUGCAAAUCCUGUCCUGUCAGAUUACAGGGUGAUGCUGUACAAAAUAUAUGAAGACAUAACUCAGGAAAAUUUCGAUAAGAUGAAGUUUCUGUUGGACGAAAAGCUGGGUAGAAAAAAAAUAGAAGGCUGCAAAACCCCACUGGAUGUGUUUGAUGAAAUGGAAAAGGCUGGUUGGCUGUCAAAUACAAAUCUUCAUGAGCUGAUAGAAGUCCUGUCGGACCUGGAUCGAUCACUGUCGUCAAUUGUACAGCGCUAUCAAUACGGAGUAAACCAGAACCAUCAAAUUGGAUCACCACCCUCUCAUGUCAGCAUGGACGCCCAGAGGGUCAAUAACUCCUUACAAGCUAUCCUGUCUUCACCAGGAACUCUACCCAGCUAUGAAGGAGAGCGUGUUUACUCUGAUGCAGAACCAAACACACAGCCCUCCUCUUCUUUUGAUCCGGCAGAUUACUACAGUCUUACUCAUAACCCUCGUGGUGUGUGUAUGGUCAUCAACAACGAGUUAUUUUUGGGAGCAGGGCUGAAAAGACGAGCAGGAGCUCAGGAGGAUACGAACGCUCUGCGCACAGUGUUCACCCGUCUUGGCUUUACAGUGGUGAUACACAAAGACUUGACUGCAGAGGCCAUGCGAAGAGAAAUAGAAGAGCUGGGUACAAGAAAUUUUUUGAAUGAUGAUGCCUUGGUGGUGUGCAUGCUUUCCCACGGAGAUAAGGGAAUUGUCUUCGGGACUGAUGAGAAACCGGUCUCCCUGCAAGACAUGACAAAGCCCUUCAAGAGUGGGCAAGCCCCCACAUUAGCAGGGAAGCCUAAACUGUUCUUUGUCCAAGCGUGUCAAGGAGAAAACUACCAGAGAGGAUCAUUGCCGUGUCCUCCGAGGCCAAGAGAGGACGAGGGGGACAGACAGGAACCCCUGGAGACAGACGCAGGUCGUAUUGAAGGCGAGAAGGUGCCUUGGGAUGCAGACUUCCUGCUGGGCAUGGCCACUGUACCAGACUGCAAGUCGUUUCGAAACACUACCACAGGCUCCAUCUACAUCCAGGAGCUGUGCAGGCAGCUGGCAAGAUCAGCACAAAGCUUGGAGAACGAUGAUAUCCUCACUAUUCUGACGCGUGUGAACAGGGAGGUCAGCAAAGGAGAAUAUCUGAACUACAAACAAAUGCCAGAGCCAAAAUACACCCUCACCAAGAAGCUCGUCCUCAAAUAUGUGUGAUGCUGUAAAUGUGUCAAACUGACACAUUCAAAAAGACCAAAGUCGAGUUCUGUCUGUGUGUAUGACUGUGUCUGAGUGUGUGUGUGUUUUAAUCUAUAAGGUACAGGUGGUUGGAUGGAUUUGAACGUCUUUUAACAAGCUGAUGUCUGUUAAUCUUAAGAACAAAAAAACAUCAUGUCAAAAAGAUUGUUAAAGAUGUCAUUUAGAGAAAAUGUGGGGUUUUUAUGUCUCUUAUUAUUCCCAUGACAUGUAGUUAAAAUGAACAAUGAAACAUCAUUUGGGAAGAUUUUGGUUUAGUCUCAGUGUACCAGUGUUACAGCCCUCAGCAAAGCAGUUGAUGAUGAGUGUCACUCAGUUAACGCUCUCUUAUAGACAGCCAUAUUUCAACUGAUUUAACACUGAUUUCAGUUGACAGCGCACAGUAAUGACGUUUGAAUAAUUAUUAUUUGAGGAAUGUAUCAUGUAAAGAAAAAUGAAAUAUAUUUUUCUCUUAAAUGCUUUUUGUUCAUAUAGUCAGAUAUGUUCAGUAAGCACUCUCAAAAAUAAUGUUCUUUUUCUUGUUCCUACAGUUGAAUGUUUGAGCCUCACUGUGCUGAAUGAUGUAUGUGUAGAGUUUCACACUACAAGGCUGUUUUCAUAUUCAUCUGCUGAAAGUGGAAAAUUUCUCUGAGCUCAUUAAAAAUCAGAUUUUGAGGGGUGUACAAGCAUGAUUUGUUACAUCACAAAUAGCUUGGAGUCAAUCAUGAUCAAAUAUUCAGCUAACAGAAACUUGAAUCUUACAGUGCACAAACACUGAGAAUGAACUUUACACUGAAGUAAAGUAGGAGAUCUUGUGUCAUGGAGGAAAAGUUUAAAUAUUUACAAUGUUAUAGAUAAUGGAUUUUAAUAAGUUGUCAUUUUAAGGAUUUUAAAGUGAUUAGUGACCUUUUUUUUUAAAUGGAAAUUUUAUAUUCACAUUGUUAUAAGCAGAAUAU